AUUAUGAUAAAAAGAUUAUUUAUAAAAUAAUAAUAUAUUUAAAUUAUUAUUAAAAGACAAUGAAAAAUGAGGAGAGUGUAAAUGGAGAGAGCGAAUUUUAUAUAAACGAAACAAAAAUAGUUUAAACCAUAUAUCAUUAUUUUGAUAUUGGUAUUCUAGUGCUUUAAUACACUGAACAUUAUGGAACACUUAAUUAUUUUAAAUAUCUUAAAAUUUUGUUUUAGAAUAUCAUCCGGGAGAUUUGCUAUAUGAAAUUUACCGAUCACACGUACUACUACAGGAAUGUCGUCUAAACAUAAUUUACACACGAGUGUAUUUGAAGAGUUGUUAAUUUAAUAAAUCAACUAGGAGAUAUUGUUGUACCUCUCAUGCUUCGCUAAUAUUCCUUGCACCUUCACUUUCUAUUUCUAUCUUUUUCAUUUCGCUUGCAAGUGAUGCACCUUCAUUUCCAUCUAUAUAUACCCCACUAGUUCCCUAUCAUUUUGUAAUAAUCCAUUUUGUCUGGAGCUACAUAUGCAAGUAGUUUCUUUCCCUUUGAUUUCCUUCUUUCUACGAGACUCUCACUCAAGUUAAAGUUAGAUAUAUAUCGAUGAGCAAGAAAGCAUCAUAUAAGGAUGCUAGAAGAGAAAUAAAUUCAAAGGAAGUAGAUGAGCAGAUGAUAAAUAGUUGUGAUGAUCAAGAGGAAGAAACGAUGAUCGAAGAUCUUCGGAGAGGCACGUGGACUGCUGAAGAAGAUAUGGCUCUCAUGAAUUACAUCUCUCACCAUGGUGAAGGCCGUUGGAAUUCUCUCGCUCAUUCAGCAGGACUGAAAAGAACCGGAAAGAGCUGCAGAUUAAGGUGGCUGAAUUAUUUACGUCCAGAUGUUCGACGUGGAGACAUCACACUUGAAGAACAACUCAUGAUCCUCGAACUUCAUUCUCAUUGGGGUAACCGAUGGUCAAAAAUUGCGCAACAAUUGCCGGGAAGAACGGAUAACGAGAUCAAAAACUAUUGGAGGACAAGAGUUCAAAAACAUGCCAAACAGCUCAAAUGUGACGUGAAUAGCAAGCAAUUUAAGGACUUCAUGCGUUACGUUUGGAUGCCUCGAUUAGUCGAGAGAAUUCAAGCUGCUAGAGGCGAUAGUACUGGUAAGGCCACCACCGGAAAUUCCACCUUUGCCAAGGCAACCGAUAGCAACGACAAUAUUAAUAACUUAAGUGUUCCGAGCCAAGUAAUCAUUAUGCGAGAGACAGACAGUAUGAUGUGUGACAAUUUGGAGAGCAUGGUCCAGUCCGAAACUAAUAAUCCUAGUAGCUUGCCACCGGAAAAUAUUAGCACCACUGCCUCAUUAACGCCCGAUUCCUGCACUAAUCUUUUUCUUGAUCUAAUUAGAGUAAUGCUAGGUCCACAGAAACUGAUACAGAAAUAUGCACAGAAUGACGUGGAUUCCACUAUCAUCUGUGCUAUUUUCUGUGGACCUAGCAUUACUCAUCUAAUUAAUCCUAUUCAAGAUUCUUAUUUUUCCGUUGAGCUCGGGUUCACAGAUACCCUAAUGAGCCCCGUGGGUUAUUAUAACCAAGGUUUCGGAUAUGAUCAGUUUACAGAGCAAAAGACCAGUAACCCUUGGAUGGACAGUGGGGAAAUAUCGGAUAACUUCUGGAGUGCUGGGGAUAUCUGGAUACUAAACUAAACAAUUCUUAACAGAUGAACAUUUAAAGAAACCCUAUAACUUGACAUAUAUAAGCAAACACAUAUAUUUCCAUUCCAUCAAACUAAUAAACUAAGCUACUGAGAUACAUCCUGAAGGGGAAGUUUUAAAUUUUUUAGUUGCUGGUGGGGUUUCCCUGUGCUAUCUUUUGUGGAUCUGAUUUAGUAUGAUAUUAGUUUUAGAGUUUAAUAUUUAAUGCCAGUGUAAAAGAUAGUCGUAUCAGUUAAGUGGUGAAUAUAUUUUAAAGUGCGAAC